AGAGAGAGAGAGAGAGAGAGAGAGAGAGAGGAUACAGCAGAAUAUUAACAUGGUGUUGGCGCCGUGAAUUAAGGAAUCCAAAAGGUUUGACAACAAACCCAAAAAAUAAAUAAAAAUAAAAAAGUUGUCCCUUGCAGACUCCAGACCAGUACACACUCUCUCACUCUCACUCAUUCCCCAUCUAAAAAACACACACUGUCCUUUUGCCUUUUCAAGUAACAGUACCACCUCUCUCUCUCUCUCUCCCCCCUCCAUAUAGUCCACACCUUCUCACCCUUUCUCCUCUCAUCCCUUUUCCACACCCAUCAUCUUCUAUUAUAUAUAUAUAUAUAUAUAUAUACAUAUAUAUAGUUUCACAGUAUUUCAGUUAAUGGAGGAGUAUUGUGGUAAGAGGAGUGGGCAAAUUCCGGCGUUUGGGAACUGGGAUUACACCAACGAUCUGCCAAUCACUCAGUACUUCGAGUGCGCGAGGCAGGCGGGUUUGAUACGCUACAGCUCGUCCUCCGGUGAAUGUGAUCUGUAUGUGGCUGAUGCUGAUCCCUACGCCGUUGAUUCUAAGAAGCAUCCUCUCCGGCCUUCUGUUGUUCCUCCUCGAAAGACGAUGGAUAGUAAUAGUAAAAAAGGUUGCCCGCAGAAUAAGGAGGAGCAGAUGAGAAGGAAAGUGAUCAAGGUAUGUGACGUGACGAAAGUGCCAAGAAAACAGGCUUUUUUGUCGCAGAAGCAACAGUUAAAGCAGCAGCAGCAGCUCCCAAAGCACCACCAUAAUGCCAUUCAUCAUCGCAAGUACAUUAGUGGUCAGCAGCAGCAACCUAACCCUACCAAACCAGUCGACGAAGAUCUCUACAAGAUCCCCCCUGAGCUCCUUCGCACCUCCAAUCGAAAGAAGAUGCUAGGAUUCUUUUCAAGAUGCUUGGUGCCUGGUUGUGUGGCUUGAAUUGGAAAUCAAUGGCUCUUUUGACAAGAACAUAUGUAAUUAGAUAGAUUCAUUAGCCUUUGUGUUCAAUUCUAUUGAAAAUGUUUGAUGAAGGAUGAAACAAGUUAUAUGGCUACAUGUGUGUACGUACCUUUGAGAAUAUGAAGGAAUGCUAAUGGCUUUACGUCUGAUUUUGAUUAA